AUGUAUUACGACCCGGAGGCGAACAAACAUGGCGCCGAUUAUGGCCCUUUUGACAACACGAUGGCUUUUAGCGAUGUUUCUAUCCGCGCAGGUAAAAUAUCCAUUAACGUUGUCAACAUCUUCGACAGACAAUAAUUAUUUUCGUCUCAUAUUAUUACUGAGUGGGUAUGUUUUCUCUCUUUUGCAGGAUUCAUCCGAAAGGUAAGCUUUAUCUUGAAUUUGAAUUUCAAAACAGCUGAGCUAGGAACAAAAUUGUCGUUUUCACUUGCUCGGCAAUCUUGAGCUGUGAGGUGACCUGUUUUUAGUGUUAAUAUGAUGUCUUAAAAUUUAUUUUCGUACCAGGAAGUUCAUUUGAGCUAAGGUUCAAUUUCAAGUCUUUCGUUCUCCUUAAAGUGAAAUUAAGAAAGUCUCACGCUUAACUCUUAUAUUCAGAGCCUAUGCUUUGGUCUAAGUUUGCAUCUAAGUCAUUCUGAAGGUUGAAGUAUUACCGUUUAUCAAAACAAUGAUAAGAUGCUGGAUAAAUUUUAAAGAUGGAAACGUACCUAUAGAACCAAUAAUCUUUUCGUUGAUCUAUAUGCAGUGUAUGUGUGCAGUAAUUUUUAAUAAUUAUUUCAUUGUUACAACCUGGUUACAACUUAAGUAGGAUAGCUAUUCAGGGCAUAAAAAUGUUUUUUAUAACUUUAAGCUUGAAAAGGCCCGAUGAAAAUGAACAGGAUAAUGCGCCCAAAAGAAUAAACAAAUUUUUCUAAAAUAAAAAUAUGAACGGGCCAUUGGUAAAGUCUUUGAAAACAGCCAUAUCUCCUCGAUCCUCACCGCUUCACCAGCAGGGACGUCUGCACCUCAGGAAAAGAAAUUCCACACUGAUGGCGUAAAAUCUGCCCAAAAUCUGGUCAGGAGCUCUGAUUGGUCAACAUAGUAGUUAUUAUUGUUUUAGCGAUUGAUGUACAAACAACGGUCAAAAAACUAAGACAAGCCGUCCCAAGUUUUGGUGCUAAAUUAUGGAAUGAGAUUCCAGGUAGAAUGAUAGAUGCAUCAAAAAAGUGUUUAAACAAAAAUUAAUCAGUGUGUUCUUUGAAAUAUUAAAAGACAAAGAUGAUUACCUUGAUGCAACCAUGAUAACAUGAGAAAUAAAAUUGCGAACUUCUUUCACAGGUUGCAUUAAACAAUUAUCUUUCUUACUUUUGAAUUUAUUACACAUAUUUCCUCUUUUCAUUUUCUUUGCUUUUUUUUACUUAUUAUCUGUAAUAUCUGAUUUGUAAAGGAACUAAUUUGGCACACCUGAACUAGCUUUUUUUUUUUGUUGUUAACUGUGUGCCAAGAAAUUGUACUUACAAUAUUAUGAUAAUAAACGUCUUGUCUUGUCUUGUCUUUUCUACUACAAAACAGUCAAUAUUCGUGGAAUAUAUUCUUUGUAAAAGAAGCAUUUCAGUUUUGCUGGAGCUUCUUUGCAGAAGGACACAAAACUUUACCAUAAUCGACCAGGAGAAACAUAAAGUCGAACAACUUUUCACUUGGAACUCCAUGACUGCUAGAUUAAUUAUGUAAACGCAGAUGUCCCUCCUGGCAAAAAAUUAUGUCCCUAGCGGCAAGGAGUGAUGAGAGACAGCUGUUUUCACAGGUUAGGCCAUUGGCUACUAGAUGAUUGUACUUCUUGGAAUAUGGAGACAAAAAAUUGUCCUGAGAAAAGUGUUAAGGUAGAAAGAUAUAUUCACGCUUGUCUUAUACAAAUAGGGUAUAUCCCCAAAGACUGGUUUACACAUGCCACAUUAAAUGACAAAGCGACAUUAGCAGGGUGUUAUGUCCUUCUGUUUGUAGUGUGAACAUAGGCAUAACAACAUAAUAGCAACGUGAUGACUUGGACAUAAUGACAUGAGAGCUUAAUAGAGAGGGGGGGUGAAAAUAAGGGGGGGGCUUAAUAGAGGAUUUACGGUAAGUUUGGAUGUCAGCUUUCAAAGGGGCCACUGCCAGCUGCUGGUUUUGGGUUGUUCACAUCCCCACCUAUGAAAAUAUAUAUGAACUUUGACACUGCCAUUCGAUUCUGCUGAGAUUUCUUUCAAGUUUAAGAACUGAUCACCUAAUCUAACCUUAAACUAAUUGUCUUCAUUUGAUUUUUUUGUCAACCAUCUGAUUAAACUUUUUGCUUCAGCUGGAGUGCUCUGGAGCACUCAUGAAAACCAUAGUAAAUAUUGACACAAUUCAUGAUUUAAUGUUGUAGGUCUAUGCCAUACUUCUCUGUCAGUUGGCUGUCACAAUAGCAUUUAUCUGCUUCUUCUUGUAUUGGUAGGUUCAGAUAAAAAGAAAAAUUGCUUUUAAAAUGCAGCUUAUCAGAUGUUUUGUUCAGAUGUUUAUUGUCUGGUGGUUAAUAAGUCUGACUCAUUAACUACUCAGGGUAAAAUAUCAUGCAUCAUGCUUCAUAUUUUGUUGUUUCCUUGUGGACAAGAAACUUGUUCCACAUUGUCAGGCCCUGGUUGUUCAAAAGUUGGCUUGUGCUUUAUCCACCACAUAAAUCACCAUCCAGCGGACAAGUAUUAAGCAAACCUGUUUAUCGCAUUAUUCACCAGAUAGUGAUUUAUCCAGUUGUGGAAAGCACUUUCCACUUUUUGAAAAACUGAUGCCAGAUUGAUUGGUUUUUCUGGUGGAAAGCACUAUUCGGGGACAGGUGCAUCAAAAGGUAUACAAGGGUCACAGUUUCACUAUAUAAUAAUAAUAAUAAUAAUAAUAGUGCAAGAAUUUAUAUAGCGCAAUUUCCGUGAGCUCAAUGGCACUUUACAAUAAUCGUAAUUCUAAAAAAGAUAAAAAAUAAAAAUAUAUAUAUUUGGGUUAUUACAGAGAAUAUAUAACAGUAGUGUUGUAGAAAUAAAUUUCUAAAAGAUAAGAUACAAUUGACUUGCUAAGAUUAACUAAGGAAAAAAUAUACAAUAAAAGAGAAAAAGGGUGGCAACUAACUAAUAAAAGCCUCUCUAAAAAGUAGUGUUUUAAUCUUAUUCUUAAAAACAUCAAGGUUCUGGAUUGAUCUUAUGUCAUCGGUUAGGGAGUUCCAGAACCUGGGCUCAGCAACUUGAAAAGAUCUGUCACCGUAAAACUUGAGAUUAGACUUUGGUGUUACAAGCAGAUUUUUUGAAGAAGAUCGUAAUUGCCUUGUAGGAGUACAGGGCUGAAGGAGAUCUGCUCUAUAUUUUGGCACCAUGCCAUUCAGUGCCUUGUACAUAAGAAGUAGUAUUUUGUACGUAAUUCGUUGUCUGACUGGUAUAGCCAGUGUAGUCUACAAAGAACUGGUGUUAUAUGUUCUGAGCUUCGAGUCCUAGUCACCAGUCGAGCUGUGCAGUUUUGUACAUACUGUAGCUUAUCAAUAACCGAUUGAGGUAGGCCAUAUAGAAGAGCAUUACAGAAAUCCAGCUUAGACGAAAUAAAUGCAUGAACAAGAGUCUCAGCAUUAUCCUGAGAGAGAUAGUUUCUUAUCUUUACUAUAUUUCGUAAAUGAUAGAAGGCCGUUUUGCAGGUGUUCAUAACAUGUUUCUCUAAGUUGACGUGGGAAUCAAAAAUUACACCUAUAUUUCUAGCAUUAUUAGAGACUUCAGUGUAUUCACUAUUGAAGUAGAAAUAUAGGUGAGCUAACCUUGUGAUAGAAAAGUGCACUAUCCAGGAAUACUUAGUAAUACUUCAAUACUAGAGGGUUCUUUUGAUACAAGAUAUCCUGGAAAAGCUCCGUGUGCUGCCAAAAAAAAUGUAUAAAAUUAUAAGGGGGCUUGAAGAAAAAUUGAAUUUCAGAACUACAAGCAGCCGGGCUCGAAUUUUGCUUGCCCAGGGCAGUUUCUUCACCCAUGUGUAAUGUCUUAGUUUAUCAUUUAGUUAGAAGAUGACUUAUAGCUGGGCCUUGUCCAUGGAGCAAGUAAACAUGAAAAGUUACUUGGCUGGUUGGCUGUCACAAUAGCAUUUAUCUGCUUCUUCUUGUAUUGGUAGGUUCAGAUAAAAAGAAAAAUUGCUUUUAAAAUGCAGCUUAUCAGAUGUUUUGUUCAGAUGUUUAUUGUCUGGUGGUUAAUAAGUCUGGCUCAUUAACUACUCAGGGUAAAAUAUCAUGCAUCAUGCUUCAUAUUUUGUUGUUUCCUUGUGGACAAGAAACUUGUUCCACAUUGUCAGGCCCUGGUUGUUCAAAAGUUGGCUUGUGCUUUACCCACCACACAAAUCACUAUCCAGGGGACAAGAGUAUUAAGCAAACCUAUUUAUUGCAUUAUUCACCAGAUAGUGAUUUAUCCAGUUGUGGAUAGCACUUUCCACUUUUGAAAAACUGAUGCCAGAUUGAUUGGUUUUUCUGGUGGAAAGCACUAUUUGGGGACAGGUGCAUCAAAUGGUAUACAAGGGUCACAGUUUCACUAUAUAAUAAUAAUAAUAAUAAUAAUAAUAAUAGUGCAAGAAUUUAUAUAGCGCAAUUUUCGUGAGCUCAAUGGCACUUUACAAUAAUCGUAAUUCUAAAAAAAAAAUAAAAUAAAAUAAAAAUAUUUGGGUUAUUACAGAGAAUAUAUAACAGUAGUGUUGUAGAAAUAAAUUUCUAAAAAAUAAGAUACAAUUGACUUGCUAAGAUUAACUAAGGAAAAAAUAUACAAUAAAAGAGAAAAAGGGUGGCAACUAACUAAUAAAAGCCUCUCUAAAAAGUAGUGUUUUAAUCUUAUUCUUAAAAACAUCAAGGUUCUGGAUUGAUCUUAUGUCAUCGCUUAGGGAGUUCCAGAGCCUGGGCUCGGCAACUUGAAAAGAUCUGUCACCGUAAAACUUGAGAUUAGACUUUGGUGUUACAGGCAGAUUUUUUGAAGAAGAUCGUAAUUGCCUUGUAGGAGUAUAGGGCUGAAGGAGAUAUAUUUUGGCGCCAUGCCAUUCAGUGCCUUGUACAUAAGAAGUAGUAUUUUGUACGUAAUUCGUUGUCUGACUAGUAUAGCCAGUGUAGUCUACAAAGAACUGGUGUUAUAUGUUCUGAGCUUCGAGUCCUAGUCACCAGUCGAGCUGUGCAG